ACGACAGCUAUAACACAAUCUUUUUUCAUAUUUCUGUUUAUUUUUUUGCCCUUUUUUAAUCCGCCAUUGAAAACCUCCAAGGAAAUUAGAGCUCUUAUUAUAUUAUUACGCCUUCGAGAAAGAAAGAAUCCACACAAGAAGAUACAAAGCAAGUAAUGGAUUUGGGAUCUUCUGAGAGAGAUGUAGAAGAAGUUAGUCAUCUCCAGAGACAAUGUGGUUUCACAUCUGCUGGAGAAUUGGACGUUGACUUGACAGGUGGUAGAGAAGUACAGGCUGAGGGUUGUGAUUUUGAAAACUCAGAGGCUGCUUAUGAAUUGGAAGUAGAUUCAAACCAGUUGAGGAGACAGGGAUCAUCCUCUGUGCCUGAUGAUUUUAAGAUUGAGAACUUGGAAUCCCCUGGUGACAAUUCCCUUUCACUUCCUACUGAAUUAACCUAUGAUCAGAGGGUGCAGCCUCCAUUAAAGGACAAAGAUUGCCAAGGUGAGAUGGAUGAGUUAAGUGGAAGUUAUUUUCAUAAAACCUCAUUUCAAUUUAUGGCAAAAACUUCUCACAGUGAGAGGGGAACUGAAGAUUCUGCUCAUUCACAGGAGUUUCCUAUAACAGUAGAUGACAGCCAGGCAGAGAAAAUGGAGGGCAAAUCUAACUUAGAUAGGUCAAAAACAACUGAUAAAGGGGAAGUGAAUGUCUCUGAAGAAAAGCCAAACUGGCAGGAGACUGAACCUAAGAGUGGAAACAAUUAUUCAAGAAAUUCCCCAACUGAAAGUGGGAGGACGGAUGUAGCACAUUCACAUCCACAUUCUUUUGGGAAUGCUGAUGAACAUUCUCCAUCACCAUCAACGCUAAGACAAAUGGCAGUUUCACCUAAAAAAUCCCUGCACAUACACCAGUCUCCCAAUGGCCAUGGACCACUGUCUUCACAAGAAGGUUUCUUAAAGCCAUCUGAUUCACAUAUAUCGAGUAGACCUAGAAAAUCUUCUUCGCGUGAAAGGUCUAGACACAAAAGUAGGCAAUCUUCAUCACCUAUCCGGUGUGAUCAGGCUAAAGAAGUCCCAUCUCGAGAUCAUUUGUCUUUCUCUACGAAGCAAGCACGUGCCUCUCCACAUAGGUCUCAGCAUGAGGAUGGCUCUUCUCAGAAGCGCAGACAUGCAUCACCAGAAUUCCGUGAAUCACCCAGAAAAUAUGGAAGACUUGAGAAAUCGGUGUCACGAUCACCCAUUAGGAAAAGGGAUUCCUUGUAUGGAUACAGGAGAGAUCACCGUGGCAGGUCUCGAUCAAUUUCCCCAUACACGAGAGGCCGUCACAGGUCCCCAAGGGCAAGGAAUUUUCCAAGGCAAAGAUCUCCUCCUGGAUAUCACUCCGGUCACCACUCUCCUCGUCGGAGACCCUGGGUUCCACCUCCUAAUAGGAGAACAGGAUUAGGGAAGCCUGGAAACAAUUUAUUUGUUGCAGGAUUUAGCUUCUUGACUACAGAAAGAGAUCUGGAAAGGAAAUUUUCUAGGUUUGGACAUGUACGAGAUGUUCGUAUUGUGCGGGAUAAGAGGUCAGGAGAUUCUCGCGGAUUUGGUUUUUUAUCAAUGGAAAGGGAUGAAGAUGCGGAUGCGGCAAUUAGAGCCCUUGAUGAGACUGAAUGGAAUGGUAGGAUUAUCCUUGUCGAGAAAUCAAAAACUCAUUGAAGCAUCAAAUAAUUUGCCCGGCUAAGCUACUCACUGAGGAUCAAAAUCUCAUUGAAGCUUUAUUUACCAGUCGCCACUGUCUAAGCUACUACUGAGUCUGAAUAUGAUAGUUGCUCAUGCUCAGUCAGCUGGUAAAUUUUGUUUGAAAUGGUGUGUUAUAACCUUAAAAGUACAUGGUGAAUCCUUAAAGCAAAUGGUCUAGAAUUUGGAAUUUUUCUUCUGUCUGACUGUAUGAUACCCUCGCUGUUUAUCACCUUAAAUCAUCCUCAUCAGGACUUGUUUAUUUGAGAAUUCUUAAUAUUUAUCAGUUAUGCAAUUCACAUUGGAUACUGUCUUGCUGGA